CCUAAAAACACUGACCACGAUGGGCCGAUACACUAGCCUACUGGCAAUGGAGGAGUGAGGAAACUUCGCCUGUCAAAAGUGCAGAUUCAACAUUAUCUUUUGUACCGUGCCAAGUCCAAUGAUCAACACCGCCUUUGUAAAUGAUCGCACAGCAAUUCGUGCACAGAGCAGUAGAGUGCACGGAGGCUGACGAUCGGGAGAGAGAACGAGUGUCGUCGUAGAAUAGAACAAGUUCUAGCUUGUUUUUUGGGGCGCGAUUGUUGCCAAUAUGUCCGGGAAUCCCACAUUUGUGAGUCCCUUCCACAGACCCCGCUGUUUGGCCGCAGCCGCGCCAGCAGGGAAAGCCAAACUCACCCACCCGGGCAAAGCCAUUCUAGCAGGUGGUAUUGCUGGAGGAAUAGAGAUCUGUAUUACAUUCCCUACAGAGUAUGUGAAGACUCAGCUGCAGCUGGAUGAGAAGGCCAACCCUCCCAGAUAUAAAGGCAUUGUUGACUGUGUGAAGCAGACGGUAGAUGGUCAUGGGGUGAGGGGUCUGUACAGAGGGCUCAGCUCACUGCUCUAUGGCUCCAUACCCAAAGCAGCUGUCAGGUUUGGUAUGUUUGAGUUCCUCAGUAAUAAGAUGCGUGAUGAGAAUGGGAAGCUGGACAGUACCCGGGGUCUUUUCUGUGGUCUGGGGGCAGGAAUGGCUGAGGCUGUGGUGGUGGUCUGCCCCAUGGAGACGGUCAAGGUAAAGUUCAUCCAUGACCAGUCAUCAGCCAACCCAAAGUACCGGGGAUUUUUCCAUGGAGUCGGGGAGAUCAUCAGAACCGAAGGCCUGAGGGGGACGUACCAGGGUCUGACAGCUACGGUACUGAAACAGGGAUCCAACCAGGCCAUCCGCUUCUACGUUAUGACCUCUCUAAGGAACUGGUACAAAGGUGAUGACCCUAACAAGGCCAUUAACCCUCUGGUCACGGGAGCAUUCGGGGCCUUCGCUGGAGCUGUCAGUGUGUUUGGAAACACUCCUCUUGAUGUCAUCAAAACCAGGAUGCAGGGUCUGGAGGCUCACAAGUACAAAAGUACCCUGGACUGUGCCGUCAAGAUCAUGAAGCAUGAGGGACCUAAAGCGUUCUAUAAGGGUACAGUCCCCAGGCUGGGUAGGGUGUGUAUGGACGUAGCUAUCGUCUUCAUCAUCUAUGAGGAGGUGGUGAAAGUCCUCAACAAAGUCUGGAAGACGGACUAAGACCACAUUUCUGUGACGACCAGCGGAGCAGGGAACGGCCGGGAAGGCCUGUUGACAUCAUAACUAUGGCCUGAUUCCAAACCCAAUCCCUUUGCCCUUUCCUUAGGUUUACCAUGUCUAGCAACCUCCUCACAGAUCUGACACGACUCUGUAUUUCAUUCCAGAAAGUUGUUCUCUGUCCCCUACCCUUGUUUACUUUGAUGGUUGAGUGCACUUCACCUAGGGUGCUAUAGGAUCCUAUCAGGGACACUACUAUCAUAUUGGUUAUACCUACUGUAGGGGGAUUUAGGGGGGGAUUUAGCAAGGGCACAGGGGGUAGGGUGAGGAAUUGGGCCUAUGUGACUGAAAUAUGGGAACACGGUGUGUCAUUCCAGAGAAGUGUAGUAGACGGACAGUGCUUCAGUUCACUAAUGGCUAUUGUUAUCAUCUUAUGUUAUACGUUAACAUACUUGACUUAAUCAAAAAUGAAAUGAUACUUAUAAAACCCCAAAUAAUGUGAUGUAGAUCAACAGAAAACACUUGAAAUGACAGAGGAGGAUCUCAGAGGCUUUUAACUCCAAGGGCAUUUAACAUUUAACAGGAAAUGGUAUUACCCGGUGAAAUGGGUCUGGUAGAGACCAUCGUUUUUCCCUAAUAGCAGUAUAACAGACAUGUCUGUUUGUUCACGGGUCAUAUGAGUCUUAUUGUCCAGGUCUGAAUGCAAUGCAGGUCUGAAAUGUUUUAGCUGCUUUACAUACCUGAGUGCUAUUACAUCACAAUGCCUUAUAGAUUGUUAUAUUCAGAGAUAUCUUUAUGGUAGAAUGCUAUCAUGGGUGCGUUCGUAAAUGUGUCAGUUAUUCUGUUCUGUGGCACAUUCAGACCAGAGUGCUCUGAAAUCGGAGUAGACAGAGUGAAUUUACAAACGCACCCUAUAUGUAGUAACCAUAAUUGUUGUGACCAUAGAAUUAGAACUCUGUGUUUAAUUGCUAUUCAUUCUACUAAUUCUGUAGUGGUGAAUAGCCUGUUUUUGGUGUCAGUCAAAUACAGAGAUGUACAUGUCAUACAGUAUACUCAGACAUUCUGCAGAAUGCACCAACACUUUUUUAAGUUAAUUCCAUAAAAACAAUGACCAAGAUUGAGAUGAUGCUGGUGAGGGUGAUGAACUUUGCAAUUGCAAAUGUGAAACAUCAGAAAUAUAUUUACAUAAUGAUUGUUUAUUGGGGGGGGGGUUGAUUGUUGUAUGAAAGUGCCUGCAAGUGUAUCUCAUGAUUGUUUUAGAAAUCUGGUAUAAGAUGUCUAGUGUUACUAAUGUCUAUAGUUGAAUGUCUUAUCUGGGUCAGUUCUUCAUUACUGUCAUAUGAUACAAUAACUGAAUUGUUUUUAUUUAAUAUAGACAGUAACACAGUGCAAUGAGGCCUUGCUGAGAUGUUUUUAUUGGCAAAUAUGAUUAGAUGUACUGGUUGACAGUAUUGCUCACCAGACACUAUCAUAAUGCAGCCUUGAGUAAUUCAAUGUGAUGAGAUAUUGUCUCGUAAUGUUCCCUGUCAGUUAUAGAGUAUGUAUAAAUGUCUUUGAUUUACAAUUUAUGAUUACAAAUUUCCUUGGUAGUGUUGAGGGGUGGGGACACUGAUUUUUAUUUAAAAUGACUAGAUUUAUCUUCAGGGCGGCUCCAGGCACAAGCAGCAUAAACUCAGUCCAGCUGUCAAUUUGCAAGUUCCAAAUUUGGUUGUGCAUCAACAAUUUUUCUAUUAUGUCAGUCACUAGCUAUGUUUCCAUCCAAUUGGCGACAGAUUUUCAUGUGAAUAUUCUAGAAUCUGCAGAAAUAAAAUAUGGUCAUUUUGGACGGGAAAAAAAUCAGUGUGAUGACAUAGUGCACACAAUGUACCUUUUCACUUAAGUUUUCGUGUACCGAAUAAAACGUUUUGUUUCCAUAGCA